GCAUGCGCACUGGGCAGCGCACUGGUCAGUGUGAGAAGCAGCUGUUCGGGGCUGGUGAAAUUCCAACAUGGCAGUGGCUGUGGUCAGUGUUUCCUGCGUUAACUUGGGAUGGUUUCAGCUCGAGCGCAGCCCGGCUUAACCUCGACACCCGGCAGACGCCCCUCCUCGGGAUCGAUGCGACCUCGACUCACCCCUGCGUGAGGGGUCAACCUGUCGCUGAAUAAGAAAAAAAAUAAUUUUAAAAAAGGAGAAAAACACACAGCACGACAUGAUCAGCAGCAGCAGCGUCUAUGGCUUGAAGAUGCAGUGGACCCCCGAGCACAGCCAGUGGGCCGAACAGCAUUUCGACAUCUCCUCUACCACCCGCUCCCCAGCCCACAAGGCUGAGGCCUACAGGGCGGUGUCAGGCCACCUGCAGCGGUCCGCCACCUACCAGUACGCCUGGGCCAACGACGACAUAUCUGCCCUCACCGCCUCCAACCUGCUCAAGAAGUAUGCUGAAAAGUACUCUGGGAUCCUUGAGAUGCCCGCCUCUUAUUCCGAGGUGCCUGGGAUCCCUGGGGUGAUGAAUGGCCGGAAAGGCGAGUCGGAGCCCUGGCAAGAUGGGGUCUACCCCAUGAGCUGCAUCCCAGAGGGAGUUUCUGUCAGAAAGGGAGGUGUUGCAGCCGCGUCUGAAGUGGUCUCUGGGAUCUGCAGCUCCCCAGGCCUGGCUUCCAGCACCCUCAGCGAGCCCAGCUACUCCAGCAGCAGCUGUGGGAGCCACUCAGCCACGGCGCUCCACUCCUCCUCCAUGACGUCUCAGGAAUACGGCGCCACGUACAGCGGCUCCUACCUGCACAGUAGUUACAGCUCCCAGUCCGCCCCCGCCGCUGCCCUUCCCUCCCCACUGCACAGCUCUGGGCUCUUACAGCCCCCUCCACCUCCUUCCCACCCCACCAUUGUUCCAGCUUACAAUGGAGGCUCCCCCAACUUGUCUAGUUAUAAUUACCCCCCAGCUGGCUACCCAGCUCAGAGCCCAGUUGGACCGGGAUACAGCCCUGGAGGGGCACCCCCUCCUUCCUCGUACCUCCCCUCAGGCAUCGCUGCCCCUACUCCUCUACCCCCUUCUUCUGCUUUACCUGGAUACCCAUACCAGAGCCACAACCUGACCCCAAUUGCCCCCACUCCCCUCAACAGCAGUUCGUCCAACACGUUGAAAAGGAAGGCCUUCUAUAUGACAGGCCAAGGAGAGAUGGACACGUCUUACGGGAAUUUUGGGUAUCCCCAGGCACGGAGCUCAACAGAGAGUCCCAUGUACAGAGUGGCGGACAGCAGCAGUGCAAACGGGGGCUCUAGCAGCGGGGGCGGGGGUGGAUUCGACAGGAAUCCGGAGAAGUCCUCCUUACCAUUUAAUCCUCAGAAACAGUCUGCAAUGCCAUCAGAGCAGCAGCAGAGAAAGUACGGCAGCCAGUCAACAGGUGGGCCGCUUACCCCACCGGCCUACGUCUCCUCAACGCUGGGGGGCUCACGGUCAGCAGACUCUCUUGCCAGCUUCACCUCCCCCUCCCUUAGUGAGCAAGGUGCUGAUGAUCACCGCCUCCACCUUUCCCACUCAGCACCAGGGCCUACCUCCUCCUCCUCUUCCGCUUCAUCCCGCCCUGCCGAGGAGCAGUUAAAAACCUGCGACCCUCACCUCCUGGACCUUGUGACCUCAGAAAUUAUUCAGCAGGGCCCUCCUGUGGACUGGAGUGACAUCGCAGGUCUAGAACUGGCCAAAGUUACAUUGAAGGAAGAGGUCCUGUGGCCCAUUCUGCGUCCAGACAUGUUCAGUAGUUUAGGGCCGGCACCUCGCUGCGUGUUGCUGUUUGGCCCGAGGGGCAGCGGCAGGACGUUGCUAGGCCGCUGCCUCGCCAGUCAGCUAGGAGCGACGUUUCUCCAGCUCAGCGGCUCUACUCUGGCCACCAAGUGGCUGGCGGAUGGAGAGGAAAUUAUCCGUGCGUCAUUCCUGGUGGCCCGUUGCCGACAGCCAUCGGUGCUCUUCAUUAGCGAGGUGGAUAUGCUCCUGUCAGCUCACGUCAGCGAAGAGAGUCCAAUCACCCGACUGAAGGGGGAACUACUCACUCAGCUGGACUCUCUCCUUAUGAGCUCAGGUGAAGACGGAGGCAACCAAGUCCUAGUCAUUUGCUCCACAAGCAGACCUCAAGAUAUGGAUGAAGGCCUCCGGAGGUACUUUACGCGGAGGGUACUGGUGCCCCUACCGGACAGCGCAGCCCGACACCAGAUCAUGAACCAGGUUCUGGCUCAAUCCCAGCACAAGUUCUGCUUAAGCGAGGAGGAGCUGGCACUGCUGGUGCAGCGCACCGAGGGUUUCUCUGGACUGGACUUGGCCAGACUCUGCCAGGAGGCCCUUGUAGGUCUCUUACAUGUCUCAGCACAAGGCAUGGACAUGUCGGGCAUGAUGCCCCGGGGGCAGAUCAGGCCCCUCACCUACCAGGACAUUGAAGGUGUCUGUUGUAAAUUCCAAGCAAGUAUAUCGCAGAAAGAGAUUGACACUUACACCGAGUGGAACAAAAUGUUCGGCUGCAGCCAGUGAGCAAAAUAGGCACUGCCCUUGAGAAAAAGAGGCUUCUACAAUUCCUCCCCUCAGGGCUUAAGCGUGUUGCUAGAGGGAAAAGCCGACAGAAGGCCGACGCGAGCCCGCUGUGUCCUCACAGAGACCUGGUUUGAUUCAACAACAAGCAGUUUUGCUGUUAAUGAGACAAUUUUUAAUCCAAAUGCUUGACAAGCCAGGCGCCGUUUACACAUUUCAAACAAGUCAGCUUUGCGUGAGACGCCCUGGUGUCCGUGUACAUAUAUCGUAUGUCGUCGUUUCUUCAGAUUUAGUUGGCUUUCCAAGUGCCUGAAGUGGUGCUUUCUGAGUUCUCUUAAUUUGCCUCACAAUCGAAAUUCAUGGCAUGAGCUGAUGAUUAUUAGAGCUUUAAGCCUUCAGCAGAGAGUCUGGAAAACAGAUUGGCAGUUAGCGGCGGGGGGUGGUUAUUCAUCCUUUAUAGUCUUUUGUUGUGGCAAUCCAUUUCGGUGGCGGAAGUCUGGGCCCAACGUCGCGUGUCUGCAAAACAAACAAACGUAACAAACAAGUAAAUAACACUCAGGAAAGCAUUUGUAAAUUGUACAGUACCUCUGGAAAUCUCAACAAAAAGCACUAAGAUUUGAGAAGAGAAUCUUUCACAUUUAGGUGGACCUCAAGGGGCUGGGAUAAAAAUCACAAAGAGGUGACAAUGAAUGUAUUAGAUGUGUUCUGAUUGGUGGAACAUGAUCUACAUUGAGAGUAAAGCAUUCCGUCUUUAUUUUCCCAUCAGAGCAGUCUCUUUAGUUGCCUGCAUCUUCUUGACCAAUCCUGAAAUGUAUUUCCUUCGUUCUGCAAACACUGUUCUGCUGCCUAGCUGAGUUUGAGACUUUAAAAGCAGGCAGGUGUGUUGAGGCUGGUAGGUGUUGUAGAUCACCGUUGUUCAUAUAACACACUCUAGGCUGUGUGGAAGCUCCAUCAGUUUAUCAGGCAUUUAUUUAUUUAUUUAUUUAUUUUUGUUUUGUUUUUGUCAUUCUACUUGUAAGAUUGUAGAAAAGCAUCACGAAAAAUUUCAAUUUGAAAAUAUACAUGUUAGCUUAAUGGUGAGCUACCGCCAUAUAUGAGACCUUAUCACCCAUUUUUUUAAUCUAAAAUGAACUCCACCAUCUUUCUAAAGCAUAUGAACUUUUUCACAAUUUGUCACAUUACAAUAAAUACCUUUGACCAAAAAACCCCCCAAAACACUGAAAGUAUGGUGUGCAUUUGUAUUUCAUAACUCUUUAGGUGACUUUUGAAGGUUGAUUUUAAUUUAGAAUCAUUUUCCAAUACGUCUUUAAACCUAUUUAAUCUCAUCGUAAGUGCAGCUGUUCUGUGAAACACGGUGGUGGCAGCAUCAUGCUGUAGAGAUCCAUGUCUUCAGUAGAGACAGGGAAACUACUCUGAUCUGAUAGAGAAUGGACGUAGCAUGUUUACAUGCAAAGAGACACCAUUAAAAGCAUGGGGGAGGAAGAUAUAAAUGCACACCGAACCUUUUAGAAUUUUACACGUCAAAUAUUUGAAAACAUUUUUUUCACCCAUAUCCCAUUUAUGCGCUAUUCUUUGUCAGUUUAUUUCAGUGAAAUACAUUACACAACAAAUUUUAAUGAGUUCUAUAAUUGAGCUUUUUUUUUUUCUUUUUUCACAAGACACUGUCCAUGUCUUAAAGUGGAAAGUUACUAUCAUUACAAUAUCAAAAAUGACUCCCUGUAUCGGUUUCUGACAUCAUUUGUUAUCAUCCAGGAAGUUGAUGUUUGGCAGCUGAUUUACUGUUUCUAAUCUUUUCUCUAGAAAUGUUUCUGAAUUUUAAAACAGUCAUUUAUGCCCAUAAGAAGGUGGAGUAAGUUACGUUAGCUGGUUAGGUUGACUUGGUUUGCUGUGGGUAAAUAAUUUUAAGCAAUACCAACAGUAGGAAAAGGAGUACAGUGAGGAAGCAAAGGUUGUCUGUAAGUUUUGGCUUUAUUUUCUUAAACUAAAACAGAAUUAUUUUGAUGUAGGACUGUAAGAAAAACAUAAAUGUGGGUCUGUUGUUAUUGGUUUGAAGUUCCAAUAUGCCAUUAGAUCCAUUUUGACCAAGUCUUAUGGAAGAUUAUUUAGGUUGCAUUUAUAAUAAACAAUCUUAUACCCACAAAUGUUUGACCACCACAAAUAAAGUACCCCGGCUUUUACGUUACUGUCUUGCAAAAAAUGUUUACGCCUUUUGAGCUUUUGCGCAUUUUGUCACGUUAAUGCACUGUGAUUUCCUGUGAUGGAACAACACAAAGGUACUGCAACUAGUACUUGUGAAGUGAGUCAGUUUGGCUCUUUAUGAUAUUCUUGCGAAGUUAUUUGGUAGACAAUUCGCACAGGUUAAUUGGUCGUCUUGUUAUAUUAGAUGGAAAUUGUUUGGGUUGCAUGCAAAACAUUAAAUGGGAUCCGAAAAUAAACCCGCUAUACAAACAGUGAAACAUGGAGGUGGCAGCAUCAUUCUGUGGGGAUGCUUUCCAUUCAUGUUUGAGAAUCUGUGGCUACAAUAAAAGGACUUUAAGCUUUUUCAUACAUUGACUCACAAGAGGCUGAUUUCAACUGUACGCCACACUUUUUAGAUUUAUAUUUACACAAAAAAAAAUUGAAAUGCAUCCAGACUUACAGUUCCCAACUUUGCACUACUUUGUGUUGGUUCAUCACAUACCAUCCCAACAACAAAACACAGAUAUUUGACUAAAUGUGAGGAAGUUCAAGCAAGAUGCUGUCACUUUUUUCUUUCUGCCUUGCUGCAUUGUCAGUUGGAUUUGCUCAUAUUUUUCAGAUGGAAACAAAGAGAAACUAGCACAAAUCUUCAAGGUCCUUUACAACAGUGAGUCCUCUGUUAUUCAUUGUAUUCCAUUAGGAGUGUUGUGUCCUCUCUUUGCCAGCUCUACUGGGAGACCGUAUUUUUGUGUGCAGUUAUCCUGACGUCAUUUUUCCUUUCUUUUUUUUUAAGUUUAACCAAACAUUUACUGAAUCGCGGUUAUCUGUAGUGUACGAUCGGCCCCACUUUCACGAGCACCGCCGGUGCAGCACCUGACGUAGAGGGUAGGAGAGUUCUGCUGAGCGUCAGCAAAACCGACGGCGAGGAGAGAGAUAGGCAGGCGGCGUGGCAGCAGCACAAGGGGGAAAGCAAAGUAGUCCGUCAGAAAACCACCCUCAAAACAAUCUGUGCGAGAAUUCCUUCUGUCAGCAAAUCCUCUGGAGAAAGAGUCUCUUUGGACAGAAAAAAAAAAAUCCCACUAAUGCACUUCAGAGCGCACAACAGCAGCACAGGCGUUCCCUUUCUCCCCUUGUUCUCUACAGCGGACCAACAAACGACUUGAAACGCGGCGGUCAAUGCUACGCUUCGGUUCUAACACGCGCUGUGAUCCUUCUCGCGUUUAGUCUUAUUUUCCCUCCACACCGUGCAAACCUAGGUUGUUGUGUUUUUCCUUUUUCUCCUCCUCCCUUUUAAAUUGUUACUUUAAGCGUUUCUACCUCAUAGCUGCAGAACAUUUGUGCUUUUUGAUCUGCGUGUUUCCAAACGUCAACAUUUCAGAGAAAACGACUUAAGAAAAAACAAAAAAACAGUAGAGAAUACCACCGUAAAGUUUGCGCAGUCUACCUCAGAUGACUGUACUUAAAAAAAAAAACAUUUAGCUGAUGGUGCAACCGCAGGCUGCAGCACAGCCUAGACUGUACGCGCGCGUAUGUGUGUCACCGUUUGUCCCAUCCGAGCUAUUUGCAGCACACACACACACACGCACACACAUUCUCAAGACGAUGCGGACGUGAAAAAAAAAAUAGAAAAAAUAACCUCGCAAGCAAUUUGUGAGGAGUUGGGGGUCAACUUAAAGGUGACCUGGAAAUGUAUAAUCCAAUACAUUUGCUUUAAUCCUUUGUGAAAUACUGUGGUUGUGCGCGUGUGAAUGUGUAUAUGGGCACACUCCUCUUUUUUUUUUAUUUUCAUUUAGUGUGUGGAAUUUUAUAAAUCGUUAGUAUAUAUAACACACUUGCACAACUUUAAAACAGAGUGUAACGUGUUUCUGUUGUACAUACCUAUACAUACAAUACAAAUGCACCACUUGUUUAUAUGUGUGAAUAUGUUGCCAUACUUGCAGUCAACUUAAAUGUAUUUUCAUGUAAUCUGAGGUACAAACAGCAACAAACGAUUCAUUAAAGACGUUUU